AUGUACGCCAGGAUACUCACCUGUCUGUUGGUCCUGCUCGGUGUGCGGUCCAGUGUGUGCAGUUUGCCAUGUGAUUACAUCGAUUCGGUUAACAUUACGGACGGGGAACGGUUACCGAACGGUGACAUCCGCCAUAAUGGGGUGAUCUAUAACAAGACCUACUACCGCACGAUCGACUAUGAGUAUGAGCAAUUUACAACGAAAAAGUUCGUGCCGGAAUAUGUUCGCGGGUGCUUGUGUGCGGUUCGGAUUUGUGUGCGGUUGUGCUGUGGCGAGCAUGAGUAUUUAGGGCAAGAUGAAGCUCAAGGUCGGCUGACAUGUAAGCGCUCGGAGAAAUAUUUACCGAUCAAUGUGGAGCUGAAUGCGACGGAAAUUGUCGACCUGCGGAAAAACCAUUCACUGUACGGGUUUCUGUACGGGAAACCAGGUUUCUGCCAGGUGUACGAACUGCAGCCAGAGUACAAUUCGGGAGACGAGUGGUACCUUGCAAGGAAUGGAAGCCUUAUUCUCGCAGGUGGGGAAUUAAUUGGGCCCAUGCAACGCAACCAGUAUUGUCUAGCGCCUAAGGAAAAUAAUAGCAUCGUCUCUGCACUACUAUGCUUCCCCGCGAACGCAGAUAUCAAGUACAAUAUCUAUCCGGUCGGCAUGUUGCUGUCCGUACCGUUCCUGCUGUUGACUUUCUUCGUGUACGCCUGCAUACCGGAGCUGCGGAACAUGCACGGCAAGUCACUGAUGAGCUACGUGCUGGGCUUGGCCGUCGGUUACACGGUACUGUCGAUGGUGCAGUUAAGCGUCUUUCCCGGCUUGAGCUCGUCGUGUGUGAUCUCGGGCUACAUCGUUUACUUCUCGUUCAUGGUCAGCUUUUUCUGGUUGAAUGUGAUGUCGUUCGACAUCUACUGGACGUUCAAAGGCGUCACGGGUGUUCGCAGCUCGGAAACGAAGAAAUUUCUGCUCUACUCACUGUACGCCUGGGGCUGUCCGAUCCUGCUGGUAUCGACGGCCAUUCUGGCGGAUUACACCGAUUUAUUUCCAGACUAUCUCCGGCCAAAGUUUGGCACGACCAGGUGUCUGUUCGUGGAAAACAAAUUGAUCGAGUUUCUGUACCUGUACAUGCCGUUGCUGAUUCUGGUGUUUAUGAAUGUGGUUUUCUUCGUAAUAACCGCCCUGCGUAUUUACAAAAUACAAUGCGAAACGUCUGUGGUGCGUCGGGGUGAUUCGAAACGGCACACCAAACUGGACAACGAUCGCGAUAGAUUUGGACUCUAUCUCCGACUUUUCAUUGUGAUGGGUGUCACCUGGUCGUUGGAAAUCAUCUCAUGGGCCGUCGAUAAUAAUGCAUGGAUCUUUUACGUUUCGGAUGUCUGCAACUGCAUCCAAGGAUUUCUCAUAUUCGCACUGUUUGUGCUGAAGCAGAAAAUUAAACGAUUAAUCUACAAAAAGUUCGGUAUCCGGGAAAUCCGACAGGAGCAAAAGAUGUCAUCCUGCAGUACGAGAACAACGGCCACCAUGGUUUCGUCCUACCAGGAAAGCAAAACGGAAAAUCCACUGGUCACACAAUCGUCGAAUGUGAUGUAACACGGCAUGACAUGCACAGAGACGGUAUGGUGUUAUUGCUUCUUUGAGAAAAUCUCAUAUUCGACGUCGACAGCGCCCUGCAACAGACGUCCCACUUUUAAGCCAUUGGCCAUUUGCUAACCGAAGAACCAGAAUCCUGUGACGCAUACCCUGUAACGCUUGGGUAAGAGUUCUGGCAUUUUUUUCCCAAGGCACAAGCCUGAUUAUGGCUCUUCGUACAAACUCCUUCUAGUGUACGAUCACCAGCAACUUGGUGAUCGGUUUUUAGACCAGCGCAAAAAAAACAAUUUUAGUAGUUUUAGUACAAAGCUAGUGUAUGAAUGUGUAUGCAACAGGCGAAUGGACAUUAACUCGAAUCUACCUCAUGGAGAAUGAUAAAAUAAUUUAAAAAACAGUUCAGCAAACUGUUGCGCAAAACAGGAAGACGACAAUUUUAGGAACGAGUUGAAUGGGAUGUGAAUUGACAGAAGUAAGAAGCAUGACGUAGUUCGUAAAUUUAUUUAGACGUUAUGCCAAAAAGGACCACUUUACAAUAAACGCUACAUUGAGUGAAGCAUGCGAUAUCAAACAUAAUCGCAAAACGAUUAGUAUAACGCAUUGUAUUUAUUGUAUUAAUAGCGCAUCUUUCAUCCUACCCCAAACACGGUUCAUAAUGUUUAGGUUUGCUACAAGAGUUUUCAGCAAGUUUCGUCACGGACACUCAGAUGCGGUUUACUUUUGGUGCAUUGUUUAAUUUACUGCAAAUAUGACUUUUUCCAUAAAACUCGCUCAUUACUCACAUGAAAUGGUUUCCGCUGCUUUUAAGACUAGGUUCAAACGAAUUACUCGACAAUGCGACCGGCGUAUGCAGCCGUUGCGUUUACUGUUUACCAAUUUGAGGUGUAGUAAAACGAACAGCAGUUGGGCCUAGCUAGUGUUCCUGCCGAAAUGGGAACCACUCUGGGUCGGUAUAACCGGAGGCGAGAUGUUUGGACAAUUGGCUCGAGAAAAAUGCGGGGAUUUUUUAAGCGAAUGUUGCUGGUUUUCUUUUCUACAUGAGCAUAAACAAACAUUCAUCACUUUCAUUCCGUGGCAGGAUAAAGAUCUCUGCUUCGUAUGAGUUCGUUACGUUGCGUUUUUAAGAGUGUUCGUAUUCUGCGAACAAAAUCUAGUACGGAAACCAUUCGUUCCGCGUGCUUUUGUAUGUAGGCGGUUGCCUUUUUUGGUUUUUAAAAAAGAAAUACCGAUCAAGAACAUGCUUUCGGAAGCUAAUUCAAUGAAACUGUUCAUUAAUGAUAUACGUAGAUGAAAGUCAUCGGAAGAAACAUAGGUUAUUGUUAUUGUAUGAGAAUAAAAUUAACAUAUUUCAAAGUAAACAAAAAAAUCAAAACUGUCUAACAUAAAACAAUGAGAUCAUUAUGAAAGUACUUAAAAAAAUAUGAAACAUG